CCGCCCCUGCCUCAGGCAGUCACCUGGGGCCAGGCGCGGCAGGUGCCUGGGCUGCGACCUCGCCGCUUGUGGUCUGAGAGUCUGUGAGCCGAACGCCGACCUCUAGCUGCCAGCCGCGGGUGGUCUCGGGAGGUGGCAGCAAGCAGGGUCCCGCAUUCGGGAGGCGACUGCACCCAUCCGGCCUCAGAGGAAGGAAACACGCUUUCUUCGUUCCCCACUGUGCAAACGCUCGGCCCUCAUGAAUGUACACAGAACUUUCCAGAAGCUACCCAAUAUAUGUGAUCUCAACUGAUGAAGUGUAAAUGAGAAUCCCACUGUCUGCCAGGCUAACUCACAUAACCUUUUGGUAUAGUACAAUGAAUUCAAGGGACCAGCAGUAACAUAAAAUAGGAGGACCAUUAGUCAAGAGGACCCCUUGGAGAAAUGACCCAACCCUCAACUCCUACUUCUUUGAAUUUCCUACCACUUCUUAAGGUCCUCAGGGAUGGAAAGUGCAGCAGUGCUUUAUCAUGCAUUUCAGCAGGUCUUCUUGAAAUUAAACUAAAACUAUGACAGCUCUUUCUCCAGAGAACUGUUCUUUUCAGUACCAAUUACACCAACCAGACCAUCCUCUAGAUGUUAAUAGUCUGUUGUAUUUGAUCAUACUUGGGAAAAUAUUGUUGAAUAUCCUCACACUAGGAAUGAGAAGAAAAAACACCUAUCAAAAUUUUAUGGAAUAUUUUUGCAUUUCACUAGCACUCGUCGAUCUUUUACUUUUGGUGAACAUUUCCAUUAUAUCCUAUUUCACAGAUUUUAUUUUUUUAGGCAUUAGGUUUACUAAAUAUCACAUCUGCCUAUUUACUCAAAUUAUUUCCUUUACUUAUGGCUUUUUGCAUUACCCGGUUUUCCUGAUAGCUUGUAUAGAUUAUUGCUUGAAUUUCUUUAAAACCAACAAGCUUUCAUCUAAGUAUCAAAAGUUAUUUUAUUUCUUCAUCGUCAUUUUAAUUUGGAUUUCAGUCCUUGUUUAUGUUUUGGGAGAUCCAGCUAUUUACCAAAGCCUGAAGGCACAGAAUGUUUAUUCUUACCAGUGUCCUUUUUAUGUCAGCAUUCAGAGUUACUGGCUGUCAUUUUCCAUGAUGCUGAUUUUACUUGUGGCUCUUAUAACUUCUUGGUCAGAAGUUAUUACCUUGAUCCAAGCUAUUAGGAUAACAUCCUAUAAGAAUGAAACUAUACUAUAUUUUCCCUUUUCAUCCCACUCUGGUUAUACUGUGAACUCUAAAAAAAUACUCUUGUCCAAGCUUAUUGUCUGUUUUCUUGGUACCUGGUUGCCAUUUGUACUCCUUCAGGUUGUCAUCAUUUUAUUUAAAGUACAAAUUCCAGCAUAUAUUGAGAUGAACAUUCCCUGGUUGUACUUUGUCAACAGUUUUCUCAUUGCUGCAAUUUAUUGGUUUAAUUGUCACAAGCUUUACUUAAGAGAGAUCACACUACCUAAGGAUCCGUUUGUCAACUGGAAAUGCUGCUUCAUUCCACUUACAAUUAAUAAUCUUGAGCAAAUUGAAAAGCCUAUAUCAAUAAUAAUUUGUUAAUGUUUCAUGUUAAAACUAAUUAAAACAGCUACAACAAGAAUCAGAAUUGUACUAAUAAGAAUGGCAACUGAGGACAUACUGGAAAAAAAAAAGAACAGAAGCUCUUUUCCCCUUAACUUUUUAUAGGUUUUUUGGCAUAUCUUUUAGGGCUAUAUUUAUUAAGUAGUAUUUUCUUUUAAAAACAAAAUAUAUGCCAAGAAGUUUUUAAAGUCUGUUAAGGAACACUAUAAAUAUUAAUUUGCUUGUUAAUACAAAAGUUAAAUAAUAACGUUUGGCCACAUUGAUGUUUGUAUUGCCCCCCAAAAGUGGAUGCAAAUGUUAUGUAAAUCUGAGAUUUCAUUACCAACUUUAAUAAACACUUUUAUCAAAUUUAGAGAAAAAA